AUGCCUCACAAACAACAACAUCGCCAUAUCCGCCAGCGGUAUCUCUCCAUCAUCAACAUCCUCGUAACAAUAACAGCAAUCCUCUUCGCCUCACCCGUCCAUGCCAUCCCCACCUUUACCGUCGCCGCGGAUAUCCCCCCUAAUGCACAUGCUGCACCAACGCCAACACAAAUACCACCGUCACCAACACCAACUACGACAGCGACUACUUACACAGUAACCAAGAUCUCCUCAACAACUCUAACAACCGUCUCUCCCGUCUUGCACAUCUCUCCGCACAUUUUGUCUCUUAUUACUACCAUGACGGUUACCACUUAUGAGCCUUGGCCUGCUUUUCCUUCUUUGGGGAAUGAUCUUGGUUUAACAUGGUCGUCACCAUGGUCGACGACAGUCUUGGAGGAGGUGGUUAGUAGCGUUACUUGGGUUGAGAGGAGGCGGUAUUUGGAGGGCAGGGGCACGGGGUUAAAGGGGGAAGGGGACAUGGAGGAGGAUGGCGAGGAAGAAGGGAAAGAGGAAGAAACAACAGUAACGAGCUUCGUGGUAACGACGGAGAAUACAUGGGUUGUCCACCCUGCUGGGGGGCCGACGGGCAUCUUUUUGGCGACGGGGGUGGGAGUAGUGGUGGGUUGUGGGGGGUGUUCUUUGGCUCCCGCUCAGCCGACGACUGGAUCUGGAUCGAGACUGGGAAGAGCCGCAGAAACAGAGGAACCAGCAGCCAGGAGGUGGGAACAAAGCACAGCACAAGAGCAAGAGAACGUCACUCGAGACAAGCCAAAAAAAGGUCAGUUAGGGGCGGACAUGACAUGGACCACCGAAGCGGAGGCUACGGUAGUGGUAGUGGAAGAAGAUCCAAUCUGCAAAUCAACCAACCUGACUACUGGGUGUCAGGGACAAUGUAUCUGGAAACCGGCAUUCCGAUUUACGACCACCCACCAAGCAAUCAAUUCCACGUUCCCGGAUACCUCUUCCUCCUCCCCCUCCACUACUCGCCCAGAAGCCCACCCAGCAACAGCAGCCACAGGCCUCGGAACAGGAACAUACUGGUGCCUCCACAUCCACCCCUACCACUACGCCGACCCAUCUAUGCGCAUGGGUCGAGCAUGCUGGGGUUCCUACCUGCGUUAUCGCCAGCUCAACGCGCCUUGUCUGGUCGGUGAUGUCGGCAUGGCUUGUUUGCCUUGUGUGAAAGGGGGAGAGGGGGAACCAGGGAAGAAGGAUGAGAGUUGGGAUGCGGUGUUUUGGGAGGGGGAGGAGUAA